CUUUGACAACAGAUACAUCGCACUGCACAGCUGCUGAGUCAGGGAGCAACACAAUUGGACAGCAGAUGCUUUGGUUUCCGAGCUGGGUAUAAAAGUGCCAGCAGACUGACUCCGAGCACAUCACAGCUCCGCGCAGAAACAUCACCAUGGGCAAGAUCAUCUUUUACGAGGACAGGAACUUCCAGGGCCGCCACUAUGAGUGCAGCAGCGACUGUGCUGACCUGAACUCCUACUUCAGCCGCUGUAACUCCGUCCGUGUGGAGAGCGGCUGCUGGAUGAUGUACGAGCGCCCCAAUUACAUGGGGUACCAGUACUUCAUGAGAAGGGGAGAGUAUCCCGACUACCAGCGCUGGAUGGGGUUCAAUGACUCCGUCAGGUCCUGCCGCAUGAUCCCCCAUCACAGGGGAUCCUAUAGGAUGAAGAUAUACGAGAGAGAAAAUUUCGGAGGCCAGUCGAUGGAGUUCAUGGAUGACUGCGAGUCUGUCUCCGAUCGUUUCCGCUAUCAAGACAUUCACUCCUGCAACGUGAUGGACGGCUACUGGAUCAUGUAUGAGCAGCCCAACUACAGAGGAAGACAGUACUUCAUGAGGCCCGGAGAGUACAGGAGAUACAGCGACUGGGGAGGCAUGAGUUCCAGGAUUGGGUCCUUCAGACGCAUCACAGACUACUGAUCAUUUCAAAUAUGUGAUAUAGUCUUAUCUGUUACUGAAAAUAAAAAAUAAACUUUCCUUGAUAAAAUA